AUGGAUCCCCCGGCGGGUGUGGAGGAGCAGGCGCCCGCCUUGCAGCCCACCCUCCGCCUCCUGGUGGGCUUGCUCAUCCCCUGCCUGCUUCUCCUCUUCCUCCUGAACUGCCUGCUCUUGCUGGGCUGGAGACCCACCUGCCGAAGGGUCGGGAGGCGGGAGCUCGGCCAGGGCCCCCCGGCUCCCCCCCAGCUCUUCCAGGUGGUAUCGGGCAGCGCUGUGCUGAGACAGGAUGGCAACGGCAGGGUCGUCCUGCAGCAGCUCCUGCAGCCAGCUGAAGGUCCCGGGGGGCUCCAUGCCUUCCCGCCUCCCUUGUCCUGCAGCGGGAGGGCGGCUGCACCCUCGGGGUCUAGGUCUAGGGGGACGCCCAGGCCCCAUCGCAACAGCCAAGCUCCGCUGAGGGGACACCCGGGGAAUGGGGCAUCCCGGGGAACGGGUUCUUCCUCCAGUGACCAGGGCAAGCAGUCCCUCCUGGCGCCCCCCAACACUCCCGUGAGUGGCUCAGGGACUGCGGGUACCCCAGAUGGCACAUUCAGCCGCUGCCACACCAGCACCCAGAACAAAGUUUGCCGCAGUAGCAGGCCAGUGUCUGCCACCCACCCACAAGCGGUGCCUUUUGAGCACGGCAGCAGCAUCCGAUGUGACGACCAGAGGGCGCUGCUCAACUCUGCAAACUUCACAGCCUCUCAAGGACCAGGCCUGGAUUCGGACUUUGGUGCCAGUGCUGGUGUCUCUGUGAGGAUCUUGUCAGAUUACGAAGGAAGUCCAGGAACACCCCUGUUGGGUCGGCUGUUUGAGUGGGACUAUUAUGACCCCACCUACCAGAGAGAAGAUCAGCUCCACCGGCAGCUGCCUCCCAUCCACAGCAAGCAAUACUGGCUCUAG